UGUAAGUAUCCAAGAAAGAAAAUGAAAAACAUGAGAAAACAAAAGAAAGAGGAAAGGAAGAAAGAGGAGGGAUCCGACAGUACACUGCAGUCCGCAGCUGAUUCCCAGCAUCAGAAAUGGCGCGAGGAUCAUCGUCUUCAAAGAGGGACGAAGCGAAAGGAGAAAUCGAUCCGGGGAUUGCAGCCCGAAAGCGGCUUAAGAAGCUCGCAUUCUCUAAUCACAUACUUUCAGAAACCCAGGCAAAGCCUCAGGCGUAUCUGAGCCCUUCAGCGACGGUUCUGAAGCACCAUGGCAAAGACAUAGUCAAGAAAUCUCAGCGAAAGAAUAGGUUCCUCUUCUCGUUUUCAGGCUUGCUUGCUCCCGUUAGUGGAGGCAAGAUUGGGGAGCUUAAGGACUUGAGAACCAAGAAUCCCAUUCUCUAUCUCGAUUUUCCUCAGGGGCGUAUGAAGUUGUUUGGAACUAUCAUGUAUCCGAAGAACAGAUAUUUGACUUUGCAGUUCUCUAGAGGCGGAAAGAAUGUGAUGUGUGAAGAUUAUUUUGAUAAUAUGAUUGUCUUUUCUGAUGCAUGGUGGAUUGGAACUAAAGAUGAAAAUCCAGAGGAGGCUCAUCUUGAUUUUCCUAUAGAAUUGACUACUGGACAAUGUGGAGAAUGUGACUUUAACGGUGGUGCUGGUGUUACCGGUUUGAGUAAGCAGAGUGUUCAAAAGAAGGGAAUCAAUCCUGCUGUAGAAAAUUCCCUUAAAGGAGAACAUGGAGAUGAUUUAGUGGACCUCAAAGACAACGUUACAAAUUCAAUAAAGACUACGCCAGUUAGACAUUCUGAAAGAUCUGCCAGAAAAGUAUUCAAUUUUGCAGAGGUGUCUUCUGAGGAUGAGUCCACUAGCACCUACGCUGAUUUGUCUGAAGGAGAAGAAAAGAACAUUGUCAUACAUGAACCUUCAAUUGGAGAUCAUGCUCGUGAAAAGACAGAAGAUCUCUCUGUUGAUUCUAUGGAUGAAGAUGCUGGGGAAAUUAGACCCCCAUUUCUUGAAGGAAAUCAGACAUCAAUUUCUACGGAAAAAAAAAGUUCUCUGGCCAAGGGAAGUGCUCAGAGUGAUACUCGUGGACUUGUCCAACCUACUCUACUUAGUUUGUUCAAGAAAGUGGAGGAGAAGAGAACAUCAAGAAGUUCAAAGAGGUCUUCAACACCCAAAGUUUCUGUCCAAAAGAUGCAGCUGUCUGGUUCAAAGCGAAAGAUUGAUCAGGAUGAAGGAUUAAGGAAGAGGAGGGCUGUCCGGGGACAAGAUGAUGGAGGAAAAAUCCAGAAGAAAGAUACAGAAUAUGAGGUUAAAGAUGAUAUUGAAGAGUUGUCGAGUUCUCAAGAGGACACUGAUGAAGACUGGACAAGUUGAGGUUGUUACAUUCUAACAAUGGUAAGCCACAGCAGCAGAUAGGAUUGCAUUGCAGGGGUUAUAUUCAAAAUAAAGAGAAUGCUAUGCUCCACCAGUUUCUUUGAUGCUGCUGGCUAAUUGAAAUUAUAGAAAUUUAACCAUGAAAUGAUAUUGAAAAGUUUUUAUCAGAGUUGGGCAAUGUAAUAUUAUGUUUUUGAUGUACCAGAGAGAUCCACUGUUACACAUUUCCUAGGGACCAGACCUGCAGCUUAAAGGUUAAAAAGUGUUCAGAAGAUUUUAUGCAGCUUAUAUAAACUAUGGAGCGUCUGUGCCUUUGGAUAAUAUGAUUAUAUUAGUUACCAUU